CUGCCUUAAACCCUAGCCCUUUCCCUUUCUCCUUCCGUCAAACCCCAAAACCCCAAAACCUAUCCCCAAAACAUGGCUCUAGUCGAUCCCCAAAACCCCAUCAAGCAACAGACCUUGAAGUUCUUCACAAGCGAUGAAUACGAGCUAGCAGUUAACCAAUCGAUCCAGAGCCUCUUAGACUCGCUUCAAAACCCUAGCUCUGAUUUAUCUGCCUUUACCUCGACAUUUCUCGAAUUAAUGCAAGCUAAACCUAUCCCACUUCUCGAAAGUAUCUGGAUUUUUUCGGGUUUAACUUUUCAUCCAAAAAUUUCUUCAAAAGAUGAUAUCUUGGAUCAAAUUCUAGCUGUGAAGGAUCUUUUUCAAUCAAUAACAGCUUGUUCGGCUUCAUGUAGUUCUUCAACCUGUAUCGCCUUAAUUGCUCCUAUCAUUUUCAAAUUGUAUACAGUAGUUGUGGAUUCGAAGAGAAAAGUAGUAGAUUCUAAGCGAGGAAAGAAAGCAAGGAGAGAAAUUAGUAAAUUUCUCGAUGUAAUUUUGGGGUACUUUAACGUGUGUUCUGACGGAUCAAACAGUGACGAGGAUUCUGCUCUAGUUAGGCCGAUAAUCGACCUGGUUUCGAUUUGGGUGCAUGGUGAAGCUACUGAAAAUCGAUUGAAGCAGUUUUUCCCACUUUUAGGUGAUGAAAUUAUAAAUUGGGUUACAGAUGAAAGUAGCUGUGUUAUUGAAUUGCUGGCUGGAGCUGUGAUUUUGGAGUCUUUUAUGUUGAAAUUAUGUUUGAAAAUAAGUGAAGGGAUUUCAAAAGAGGAGGUGCAGAAUGAGUUGAGGACUUGGGCUGUUUGUUCCAUAACUGGAUUUCAUAGCUUUUACUUCUUCGAUAUGCUCAUUAAGAUGCUGCUGGAACCAAAUUUGACAGUGACAUCCUUAUUGAGUGCUGAAGACGACUCAUUUUUGAGGAAACUGUUAUAUGAUGUUGUUAUAUUACCUGACUAUUCAUUCCUCCAUAUACACAAAGUAAACCAUCUUCCUAUUAACCACAUAAAGAAUAACAUUUUGGCAAGAAUUAUGGUGUCCCAUGAAGCCAUUGAGUUAUUUAGGAAAAACAAGGAUCAUUCAAAGGCUAUUUCUUAUACGAAUGCAUUCUCGGGUUCUCAUUUACCUACACUUAUUACUAAAUUGGCUACAAGUGAGCUUGGCAACCAUGGAAGAACAAGUCAACCUAAGGGAUCAUCACCUAUGGCUUUUCUAAAGUGGAUGCUUGAACUCGAGGGUCAAGGUUUGAGUUUUUGUGAUGGUUUCAUGUCAAAGCAUCGGGAAAAAUUAGUCCUUUACAGUUCAAGGUCAGACUUUGGUCAACCCUCAUAUAAGGGAGAUGAAGGGAAGACGGAUGAAGAUCUAGAGUUCUUCAUUGAUAAUAAGGGGAAUGAUGAAAAUGAAGAAGAAAAGAUUGAUGAUUCCAUGAACGAUGUGUUUGUUGCUGCUGCACAUGCUAUGCGAUCUGAUGCAAAUGGAAGUGGGAAGAAACGAAAAGAAAUAAGUGUUGAAAAGAAGAAAGAUGGAGUUAAGUUUCAAAGGCAGAACCUUGUCCUUGUGGAUCAUUCUGGUGAAAAUAGCAGCUUAUCUGAGAAAGAAGAUGAUUCAGAGAGUGCAAGUGAAGUGGAAGAUCCUGAUUCUGAUUCUGAUGAGUGAUGAAGAUGACUUGGAGUAAAUGAGUUCAUCUUGAAAGUUCCAAUUUUGCCCCUUUUUGGUUAAUGUAUUAGAGUCCAAGUAUUUGUAACCUUUUUCUUCAUGUAUCUGGUUGUAGGGGUAUAAUAGUUUUUUGUUUUUUUUUC